AUCCCAUGAAGCUCUAACAAGUUCUAGACUGAAUCAUUCUGACUACUGGCCACAGCUGCUGCUUCCUUUUUUCUUUAUUCUCUUUAGAUGUAUGGUGGCAUGAGAGGCAUGAAGGGAUUGGUCUAUGAAACAUCAGUUCUUGAUCCUGAUGAGGGCAUCCGUUUCCGAGGCUAUAGUAUCCCUGAAUGCCAAAAACUGCUGCCCAAGGCUAAGGGUGGGGAAGAACCCUUGCCCGAGGGCUUAUUUUGGCUGCUGGUAACUGGACAGAUCCCAACAGAAGAACAGGUAUCUUGGCUCUCAAAAGAGUGGGCAAAGAGGGCAGCUCUGCCUUCCCAUGUCGUCACCAUGCUGGACAACUUUCCCACCAAUCUACACCCUAUGUCUCAGCUCAGUGCAGCCGUUACAGCCCUCAACAGUGAAAGUAACUUUGCCCGAGCAUAUGCAGAGGGUAUCAGCCGAACCAAGUACUGGGAGGUAGGAAAUUUGGGUGGGUUAAUGGAAAACAGCAAGGCUUCCAUAAUCUGCUCCUUCUCCCCUUGGCUCUCCCUUCUUCCCCACAGUGACCAUGAGGGCGGCAAUGUAAGUGCCCAUACCAGCCACUUGGUGGGCAGUGCCCUUUCAGACCCUUACCUGUCCUUUGCAGCAGCCAUGAACGGGCUGGCAGGACCUCUCCAUGGACUGGCAAACCAGGAAGUGCUUGUCUGGCUAACACAUCUACAGAAGGAAGUUGGCAAAGAUGUGUCAGAUGAGAAGUUACGAGACUACAUCUGGAACACACUCAACUCGGGACGGGUUGUUCCAGGCUAUGGCCAUGCAGUACUAAGAAAGACUGAUCCACGAUAUACCUGUCAGCGAGAGUUUGCUCUGAAACACCUGCCUAAUGACCCCAUGUUUAAGUUGGUUGCUCAGCUAUACAAGAUUGUGCCCAAUGUCCUCUUAGAGCAGGGUAAGGCCAAGAACCCUUGGCCCAAUGUAGAUGCUCACAGUGGGGUGCUGCUUCAGUACUAUGGAAUGACGGAGAUGAAUUACUACACGGUCCUGUUUGGGGUGUCACGCGCAUUGGGUGUACUGGCACAGCUCAUCUGGAGCCGAGCCUUAGGCUUCCCUCUAGAAAGGCCCAAGUCCAUGAGCACAGAGGGUCUGAUGAAGUUUGUGGACUCUAAGUCAGGGUAAAACUGGAGACUGGGAGAAAGUGACUACUAGAAAGUGAGGAAGCCUAAAUAAAGAGUAUACUUUUGUUUCAGGGGCCCUUUAAAGACUUAAGAUUAAAUUAUAUCUGAGGCACUGAUAAUGUGUUUGAGGUUAAAAUAUAAAUUAAGACUUUAAAAGCUGAAAAAUGAUCCCUUCUUCCCUAAUCAGCCCUCUUCCCUGCCUGGUAUGAGUUGCCCAUCAUAGGGGUGGUCCGGGAGGAUGGCCAGGACUAAUGCAUGUGGUAUGAGUUAGGUUUGGCCCCCCCACUAUCUCUAGAGUGAGAAUCUGGCUCCUCUUUCCAUGGGUCAAAGCCGGUUACAGAGAAUCUGCAGUCACUUUGGAGCUUUUGCUUCUUCUCUGCCAAGCCCUCAAUAAGCCAGCAAACCAGGACUCUGCCCCUUCUGUUUCCAUAGGAAUCAUGAUGGAUAGUCAGCUGUACCAAGCCCCUUGGCCCUCUCCCGUGCACACAAACACCUCCUAGCAAGACCUGUUGGUUAGCUGGACAUGCUUUGGCAAUUUUUUUAUGUGACCAAGUGACCAUAAAAGGCAUGGCAUUUGUUGUGACUGGCUCCCAAUGUUUGAUUUCUUUUUUUAAAACUAUCCAAUUAAAAUUAAGUCUGGGAGUGUUCCGUUUCCCAUUACUUUAAUACUCACCUCCUCCCAGACUUUACACCUAUUGCAACUCAAGCUGAGGAUGUUCUGGACCUCCCCUCUUGGUCCGUACUAGAGACCUCUUAACAGAUCUGUGGUCCCAGUCGUUGGGUUUUAUCAGUGCUUAAUGUGAACUAAGUUUUUUACUUCCAUAGAACACAAGCCACUACCCUCUGGCCUCCCCAGUCCCCAGACCCCCAUCUUUUAAUAUGCUGUGAGGCAUAGAGCAGGGACUCAGGAAUAACCAGCACGUUAUUUUCAGAGUCUGGUCCCUGGGUUAUUAGCACCUCUUUUUGAACAGAGAAUUGAUUCAAGAUUGAACAUGGUCUCCUCUGAUUAUCAGGUACUGGGGCUGAGGGCAUUAAAAUAGUAAGCCUCCCUCCUCAUCCCCUGCCUCAAGAAGAUGCCUCCUUAUUUAUCAGCAUCCUUUUCCUCUCUCUUCCCUGAGAGCUCACAGUACAAUGUUUGUUUUAGAAGGCCCAUUUGCACAGGUUUUCAGCAACUCAGAAUGUUCUACUGCCUUUUCUUUGAGAAAGGAUUGAGAUACACUCCUGCUGUGCCCCCAUCUUCUCUCCAGACUCCUGCCUGUGUUUGUGUGGAUCCCCAGUCCCAGAACUGCACUUGAGUUGGACACACUGUAAACCCCUGGGUAACUGUCAAGUCAUGGUGCAGACUUCAGGUUGUUCUGUAUAAAAUGCAAAAUAAAUGUUUUUAUUAACAAUG